AUGCCGCAAGGAAGACGAGGAGGCGGCGAGCAAGGCUGCACGGAGCAGGGCCAUGCUCCGGCGACUGUUCACCCAGGCCACGGCGAGGACGUUCCCUGCCAUUCGCCGCCGCCGUUCCCCAUCACCGAGAUGAAGAAGGAGCAUGGGCACGAGCAGCAGGCCAGCCUUCCCCAUGGCUGCUCGGAGCAGGAUCAUUCGCCGUCGACCGGCAACCCAGGCCGCGACAGCGCCACGCCGCCAUUCCCCUCCACCGAUGAAGCGUCUGACUCUGAGCAGCAGCAGCAGCAGCCCGGGUGCCCUACAGAUCUUCCUGAAGGCGCCAUUGUCGAGAUCCUGUCGAGGGUGCCCUACAGGUCGCUCUGCCGCUUCAAGUGCGUCUCCAAGCCAUGGCUGGCCCUCUGCUCCGAUCCGGAAGUCCACAAGAGGUCGCCGCAGACCUUGUCUGGCUUCUUCUUCAUCGAGCGUGGGCGUUUCAAUUUCCGUAAUUUGUCGGGAAGAGGCCCCCCAUUAGUCGACCCUUCGCUCCAUUUCUUGCGCGAGAGCUACGAUUGCUUUUCUGUCGAGCAGUGCUGCAGCAGCCUCCUCCUUUGCAAGUGCUGGGAAUCGCGUCAUGAUGAGGAAGACGAAUACGAUUACGUCGUGUGCAAUCCUAUGACCGGGCAGUGGACUGUGUUGCCUCCUGUGGUAUGGCUGGACGAAGAGGAUGGUGACAUUGUGUAUUUCGAACCAAUAAUGGAUAUCUUCUUGGGUUUCGACACAGCAGCUCCGUCCCGCUUUGUGGUGUUUGUGCCCCUGACCAACUGUUUCUGCGAAUUCACAGAGAUGGCCAUCUACUCGUCGGAAACCGGACGAUGGAACAAGGUGCAGAGUGAGUGGGGUUACAAAACUAUUCUGGUCGGGAAUUCAGAAUGUGUCUUCCUGAAUGGCACUAUGCAUUUGGCUACACAUUAUGCCUCAGUGGUCACGGUCGACGCGGAAGGGAAGAUCUGGAGGGAGAUUGAAAUGCCAGAGGACAUGCCAAACAAAAAUCAUUUGGCUUCCAUUGGGCAGUCCCAAGGACGCUUGUAUGCGUGGCAAAUUGAUAACGAUCAUGAUUGCCAACUCUAUGUGUGGGUUCUUGAAGAUUCUGGUGGUGGAAACUGGACCCUCAAGUAUACUGUCAACGUUUCAGAGCUGUUCGGGAGGCAACGUGGCGAAGAUGACAUGUCCUAUAAGGUGUUCGCGAUUCAUCCAGAUUGUGAUUUGAUUUUCCUUACCGAUGAGGAGGAGAUGGCAGUGUCAUAUGAUAUGGAGAAUCAGAAAGUCAAUGCUACAUGCACUUUUUCUCAAGAAUUCCAGGGUGUUCUGCCUUACAUUCCAUGUUUUGCUGAAUGGUUGUUUUCUGAUGGUCACUGA